AGACCCAAUGGAAAGGCGCUGGAUGGACGCUAAUAAAAAGACCUGCGAUUUCGUAGAAAAAUACUGUAAACCAAACGGGCCCUAGGUUUUAAGGUAUUGUUGGUAGAAGAAGCAAGAAGAUCUCAGAGCGGCCACCGUCGCGAAAAUGUCGAAGAAAAACGAUUUGGGUCGCCGGAAAAAACAGCACGAGUUCAAUCUUCGGAGGGAAAGAGAAGAGAAAGAAAAGCUAGCCAAGAAGCUACAAGCAAAAAAGAACAAGAUGAAGGUGGAUGGUAAGGACAAGAAGAAGAAAGGUGGAAGUGGAUUUCAAGUGGGGAAGAAAAAAGUGAAAACAAAGAUGACUCCAUUGGUCAAAGCUAAAGCUGCACAAGCAAUGGAGAUUGAAAAAUGAGAUUAUGCUGUAAUUUAUUCAGGCGUAUGUAUGUGGAUUAUCAAUCAGAAACUCUGAUUGAUUCUAGAUAACUGUAUUCUUCUUUCUCGCAAUUUGGUAUCUGAAAUUGAAGCUGAUUACGUCUUUCUUCUGCAUUUAGCGAUAAAGACUUGAUAUUUGUUCAUGUUCCAUGUUAUCUAUAUUCUUUCUUGUGCUCUUAA